UUUCAGCAUCAUUACUCCAGUCUUCAGUGUCACAUGAUCCUUCAGAAAUCAUUCUAAUAUGCUGAUUUGUCGUGAUGUGUUUGUCUCUGUGUCAGGGUGUGAGCGGUGUGGAUCUGUCGGAGCGUUUCUUUGACGUCAGUCUGCUGUUGUGGUGUUGUGCGCUGCUCUUCCUCACUCAGCGCGGCUUGUGUUCGGCGUACGUGCCCAUGAUGAUGGUCGUCUUCCCUCUCGCCAGCAAACUGCUGCUCACCAAACACUUCAGAGCCAGAGGAGCGUCUCUUCAGUACUCCGUCCUGUAUCUGAUGGGUCUCGCCGUGCCGUACGUCCACAUCAUGUUCCUCAUCUGGGUGGUGUUUGAGAUCUUCACACCCAUCCUGGGCCGCAGCGGAACAGAGAUCCCACCCGACGUUGUAAUGGCAUCACUCAUUACCCUCGCGACCGUCAUUCUGUCUUCGUAUCUUAUGCAUUUCAUCUAUCUAAGCUGCAGUACGAAGCGCAUCUUGGCUGGUCUGGGAUCAGUGUUUGUGCUGAUGUUUGUUCUGGUCUGCUGUGGUCUGUUCUUCCCGUAUUCGGCCGACCCGUCCAGCCCGCGACCCAAACGAGUCUUUGUCCAGCACAGCACACGUGUGUUUCACGCUCCGGACGGUUCGGUGGAGGGCUCGGACUCGGGGUUAUGGAUCAACAGUCUGGAUUACGGCGGCAUGCAGCACAUCACGCCUCACGUCCCGCACGUCAACGACAGCAUCCGUACGCGCUGCUCCGACCGGCUGCCCUACUGCGGAUUCCCGUGGUUCCUGCCCGUCAAAUUCCUGGUGAAGAAGAGCUGGUAUCUUCCGGCUCCUGCAGUCUCUCCUCAAGCUCCGUUGGAGUUCCAACUUUUAUCCAGACAGGUCACUGAGUGGGGAACCGUUAAAAUGAGCUUCGAGGUCAAAGGUCCGAGUCACAUGUCUCUGUAUCUGCGUCCUGAAUCGGGCGCGUCUCUGAUCGGCUGGUCGUUCGGUGACGGGACGCCGCAGUUCGACCUGAGCGGAGAGUAUUUCAUCUUCUACUCUCACGGUCUGGACGCUCCGGCCUGGAGCUUCUGGUUUGAGAUCCAGCCGUCCCGCUCCUCUGACGCACCUCCUGACGAGGGUCUGAUCUCUCUGGCCAUCUCUUCUCAUUAUUUCUUCGGUCCGGACAGACGCUCGGAGCCGCUGGAAUCUUUACUGAAGAAAUUCCCGGCCUGGGCGUUUCCAUCGUCCUGGGUCAGCACCUAUCACAUGUACAGAUACUGAAGGACACGAGUGGACCCCAACACACACACACACACACACACACACACACACACACUCCAUCACUGCAGAUCCAUGAACUCAUCAGCUCCUUUAUUCACAAACCAACCAACUGACAGUGUUUGCAUUUAUUUUAUUUUAUUUUAUUUUAUUUUAUUUUAUUUUAUUUUUAUUUUUAUUUUUAUUUUAUUUUUAUUUUGUUAAUUUUAUUUAUUUGACUGGGUUGCGUUUCAACACCAAAUCUAAAUCUGAGGAGUGUUAUUUUAUUUUGCAUUAAGAAAAUCAAGCCUACAUUAGAAUAACGUUUUUACAGGACAUUAUUUUCAAGAUAAUUCAACAUGUUUUACCCCAAAUUCUCAUGUGACAUUUUAUGUUAAUUAUUUAUUUAUUUUAUAAAAAUUUGACAAUGAGAUACAAUGAUCAGUUAAUUAUUUUUUUUUCCAAAAUAUUAAAUAUUAAUUAAUUUACUUUUGGUUUGUUUUUGUAAUUCUCAUUCUUUUUUCUCAUUUGUGAUUCUUAUUAAUGAAAUACUGUCAUUUAACAUAUUAUAAAAUAACUAAAUCAUGGUAUUUCAUUAAUUUAAAAAAAUCUGAAAAAAUAAGAAUUAUAAAGUGUACUAAAUGUAAAUUAAUAUUUAUAUUAAUAUUAAAACAAUUAUUUAAUUUUAGUUUUUGUAAUUAAAAUUAUUUCUGAUUAUUUAGAUAUAAAUAUUUUAUUUAGAUUUUUAUUAUUCCAAUUAAAAUUUUUAAUUUUUUUUUUGUUUUUGCAUAAACAAAUAGUAAUAUAACAAUUAUGAGCAUGACUAUAAAAAAACAAAAUAUAUAUAUAUACAUAUACGCACACACACACACACUGCUGGUCAAAAGCUUGGGAUCAGUAAGAUUUUUAAUGUAUUUUAAAUACGUUUCUAAGGCUCAUCAAGACUGCGUUUAUUAAAUAAAAAAAUACAGAAAAAAUGUUAUAUUGUGAAAUAUUAUUAUGAUGUAAAAAAACAUUAUUCUAUUUUAAUAUACAUUAAAAAUCAGAUUUAUUUCUGUGAUGCGUAGCUGAAUUUUCAGCAUCAUUACUCCAGUCUUAAGCAUCAAAUGAUCCUUCAGAAAUCAUUCUAAUAUGUUGAUUUAUUAUUAGAUUAGUUAUGUUGCUUAAUAUUUUUUUGAAACCUGUGAUACGUUUUCAGGAUUCUUUGAUCAAUAAAAGGUUAAAAAGAACAGCAUUUAUUUAAAAUAUUUACUACUGUUCAAAAGUUUGGGGUCAGUAAAAUUUUUUUCUUUCUUUUUUUUUGAAAGAAAUUCACCAAGGAUGUGUUAAAUUAAUAAAAAAGUGAUAGCAUAGAUUUACAUUGUUAGAAAAUAUUUUUAUUUUGAAUAAAUGCUGUCCUUUUUUUAACUUACUGAUCAAAGAAUCCAAAAAAAAAAAAAGAAUCACAGGUUGCAAAGAAAAGCCUGUUUCCUAAUAAUAAAUCAGCAUAUUAGAAUGAUUUCUGAAGGAUCAUGUGACACUGAAGACUGGAGUAAUGAUGCUGAAAAUUCAGCUGCGCAUCACAGAAAUAAAUUACAUUUUAAAGUAGAAUAAAAUAAAAACCAGUAUUUUAUAUUGUAAUAACAUUUUGCAAUAUUAUUGUUUUUUUCUGUAUUUUUGAUCAAAUAAAUGCAGCCUUGACGAGCAGAAGAGACUUCUUUAAAAAAAAAAAAACAUUACAAGUCUUACUGAUCCCAAACUUUUGAGCGAGUAGUGUGUCUGUCUGUAUGUAUAUAUACUUUUUUUUUUUUUUUUUUUAACAAGCAAUGAGAAUUUUGAGUAAGGUGUUUAAUUGUCACGGAAAUAAUGCAAAAUCUGAACGGUUUUGAUUUUGGUGUCACGUGACUUGCCUGAUUUUGUGGGAUUUGUGUCAAUAUCUGAACUGAUUCACUGAUUCACAGCAUCAGAUUCAGUGCUUUCAGAUCUCGACUGAAAUCCCGUCACUCUCAAGCGCUGAUGAUGUCACUUCCUGUCGGUGAUCUGGUGACGACGGUCAUUCUGACAUGAACGCAACAUAUAGCGAAAACGACUUUCAAGCUGGUGUUUUAUGCAACUUUAGCCUCAGAUUGAGUUCUGAUCACUCAGAAACACGGUAUUACCGCAGUAAACGAUGUCAUCUGAGUGCUUUUUUAUUUAUUCAUGUUUGAAGCGUUGGAUGAUUGUUCACGUUUGUGUUUUAUUUGUUUGAUCGUUGUGGGAGGAAAAACGGUUUGAAUGUUCAUCUGGACUGAACUGGAUUUAAAGCCUUAAAAUGAGCUUUACUAUAGUAAAAUGACAGUAAAUCCAUGUGCGUUUCUUUUAAAAUGAAACGAGCUUGAGAGUAUUUGUCAUAUUAUUUGCUGAUUGGAUCAAGGUGUAAUUGUGUUCAAGCUGAGAUUCUUAAAAUGAAUUCUUGAUUUCAGAUGAAUGUUUAAUUAAUGCUGUUCAUCAAAACUAACCUGUGUUUGUGUUUUUGUUUGGGAGGAAAGUCGACGUGUAUUUGGGAGAAUAUUCAAUGAGAAUGUUGUUUAUGUUCAGUCUGUUCUCAUAUUAACCCACAACGUCACAGUCAAGUUUUCACUGUGCUUCUUUACUAACGUUACUAACUAGUGUUACAUUUACAUUUGCAUGUCUGACUUGAGCAAACAAAAGCAAUGACAGAAACUUCUGCACAUCACUGUAAUACAGUCAACAGCCACUCGCAGUGAUGAACUUUAAUCACGUUAAGCCUAAAUCUGUAAAUAUUUUUGAUAACAUUUCUCUUAAUUUCUUAAACUAGUCAUAUUUUCAUGUUUUGUGACUCAAACUAUGAAACUCAUUUCUUGUCACAAAUGCUGUAGCUUUGAUGUCCACGAAUCACUUGAGUAAUUGAUUGAUUGUUCAUUAAUGUCUUAAUGUCAAAAUUGUUCUGAUUCAUGUUUAUUUAUAUCAGCUGCUGCACUUAAUUGUUCUUCUGAGAUUAAUCAGUUUUCUAUAACAAUCA